CUCCGCGGAGUGCAAGAGAAGCUGCUAGUCAGCACAAACUUGCACCAAACUUGCCUAGAAAUUUACCACGUCAGGGUGAUGAAAACGUGUGGAAUCAUUUAAUUUGUACGUCACGUAUUUACAUUCACCAAGUUCUGAGGUUUGAGACUGAGAAGCGAUGAGAUUCCUGGAGAGAAACAGACAACUCAGGUGCGCGGCGGAAACACAGCCAAAAGAAAGAAGUGCCAGGGAACGUCUACGGGAGUCGAUUCAUGCAGUCUAGCAGCUGUUUCCUUUACGACUCUGAAUGGAAGCUGAAGUGAGCUGGACCUAAGGGACAGUCUGGUAAACGGGUAAAUCAAGGUUUGCGAAAGUGUGUCUGCGCAGACCCUCCACUUACUGUAGUGACUCCCAAAGUGUAUUUUCUACCCCAUCAGUCCCUUCAAACUCAGGCGGAAUGGUUGGAUCGGCUAGUCCUCACACCUACUGCAAGAGCUAUUGAGUGGCGGAGUAAGGUCCCACUGAGCAAUUAUCGGGAGCACAACUAUGUGUGUCCCUGAGGAUGUCCUUUCACACUGGUUAAUCGCACCAUGUCUUCUCUUGUCUACAUUGUUCUUGAACUGGUGAUUGCGAUUCUGGCCGUGGCUGGAAAUGUUUUGGUGUGCUGGGCCGUCUGCCUCAACAGCAACCUUCAGAGCAUCACCAACUUCUUUGUGGUGUCGCUGGCCGUGGCGGACAUUGCAGUCGGAGUCCUGGCCAUUCCAUUUGCCGUCACCAUCAGCAUCGGUUUCUGCAGCAAUUUUCAUGGAUGCCUCUUCAUCGCUUGCUUUGUGCUGGUCCUCACACAGAGCUCCGUCUUCAGUUUGUUGGCCAUUGCCGUGGAUCGAUACAUCGCCAUCAAGAUCCCAUUGAGGUACAACAGCCUCGUCACAGGAAGAAGAGCCAAAGGAAUCAUUGCAGUAUGCUGGAUACUUUCAGUGGUCAUCGGACUGACCCCCAUGUUCGGCUGGAACACCAGCAUCGAUGCAGGAACCAACACGUCCUGUCCUCAAGGCAUGACGGAAUGCCUAUUCGAAAAAGUGGUCACCAUGGGCUACAUGGUUUACUUCAAUUUUUUCGGCUGCAUUUUGAUCCCGCUGUUUGCCAUGCUGGCAAUCUACACAUGGAUCUUCACGGCCGCACGUCGUCAACUCCGACAAAUGGAGCAAAAGCUAGCGCACCUGCAAGGACACGCGCACAGAGAGGGAUCCUCAUCCCGCUCCACACUGCAAAAGGAAGUCCACGCUGCCAAAUCGCUGGCCAUCAUCGUUGGUCUUUUCGCAGUUUGCUGGCUGCCGCUGCACAUCAUAAACUGCUUCACGUUGUUUUGCCCACAGUGCGAUCGACCUCAGGAUUGGGUCAUGUACCUGGCCAUAAUCCUUUCACACGCUAAUUCAGUAAUCAACCCGUUUAUUUAUGCCUACCGAAUACGAGAAUUCAGGCAAACAUUCCGAAGGAUCAUCCGACAGCACUUCUUGUGGCAUGAAAGCAGGCUGGCCAUUGGAAACAGCAAUGGAGGCAUGACAGCUUCGUCCGCUGCAGUCAGUGUCAUUGAGACUUCUUGCACAAUGUCCAAUGGCUACGUGAUGGAUGCCGCCAACCCUAUUCCAGGUAUGAUAUCGUGCGACAACUUUACAAAGGAAUUGCCGGCAAAAAUCAAGCCACAAGAAGAAUUCCAAGAAUUAGGAUACAGUUUAAAUGGAACUUUGGAUCAUUCCUUUACCGCCAAUUCAACGCCAAUUUUUUCAUUGCAUAGUGGAGAGGAAGUCUCCUCCAUUAGGGACCAUGUUGAAAUCACAACUGUAAAAGACUGCAGUGACUUUACUAACGUACAAGAGCGAUGUCUGAUGCCUGUAAGGACAAGCAACUCAUCUGGUCUGGCUGAAGUGUCAUGACACACAUUUAUUUCACAAUAAGAGUUAUUCCUCAGAAAUGACCCGAAUGUGGCUGGUUUCAUUCUUUACGAAGUAAUCAGUGAUGUGCGGUGUUGUGUUAGUCAGGGUGACUUCAUACACCGUAUUAUCCAGGGUCAGGAAAGAUAAAGCUAUGAGAGGAUCGCAUGGCUCCUGUGGGAACCCUUACUACACAGAUUCCAGGAAUUCCUUCUUGUCCUUUCAGGCAAACAGUGGUGAUGGUGUUUCCAGAUUUUCAGACCUCAAAAAGAACUUGUUUGCGUUUUGAAGGCCUGCGCUUUUCUAAGAAGCUUUGUUAAAAGAACAAUGUUCCAGUUCAAAGUGGGAGAGGCCUAAUGGAUUAAAUCAAUAAUCUGUGGAAUUCAGAUAGAUCUGUUAUGGCCAUGACACGAAUAAGCUUAUCAUGUUGCACGUUGUCAGGAAGUAUCAUAUUUCUGUUGCUUUUUUUGAAGGAUUAUGUCCAAAUUGAGAACAUGCACCAUCAACACAUCUACCACAGCAUGUUGUGCUUUAAAAACAUAGGGCUGCAUGAUUUGUGGAAAACUUCAUUCAUUCAUUUAUUUUCUUUUCGGCUUAGUCCCUUUAUUCAUCAGGGGUCACACGGCGGAAUGAACCACCAACUUAUCCAACAUAUGUUUUACGCAGCGGAUGGCAACUGACAUAAAUAUGGCAAAUGACACAGCCGAGGCUCGAACCAGCGACCCUCUUGCUGUGAGGUGACAGCGCUACCCACUUCGCUACCGCGCCGCCCAGAAAACUUCAAUUAGAUUGUUUUUUUUUUUUAUUGAAUGCAAAAAGGAUGGCACGGUGGUUCAGUGGUUAUCACUGUUACCAAGUAUAAUUAAUAUUCUACAUAUAACAAUUAUUGCUUUUGUAAUAUUUCACUGUAAUUUGACACGUCUUUCAAAAUAAGUCCCAAAUCCAGUGAGAAUCGCAGAUUAUGAACGGCUUGCAUGUUAAAGAACACUAAAGUCUGAAUUAUGCAGCUUUUAUGGCAUUCAGUUUUAGCCUUUUUGAUUUGCUAAUUGCACUAAAUGCCUGUUCACACCAAGAAUGAGAAACAUUUAUGAUAACGAUUGACACGUAGAUCUAAAAAUGUUCUAAAUAUAAAAAUACAGUAAAAUCUACAUCACAGUUAUUCAAAGAAUGACCCAAUCAGAAAAAAAACAUCCUGUCUUAACAAGUUUGAGCAUUUAAAGUGACAGACAACAAAACUGCAGUGCACUUUUCUAAUAAACAGAAUGUUCAUUCAUUAAUUUUCCUUCGGCUUAGUCCCUUCAGCGGAAUGAACCGCCAACUUAUCCAGCAUAUGUUUCACACAGCGGAUGCCCUUCUGCAGCUGCAACCCAGUACUGGGAAACAUCCAUCCAAUUUAGUGUAUUCAAUUCACCUAUACUGCAUGUCUAUGGACUGUGGUGGAAAUCAAAGCACCCAGAGGAAACUCACGCAAACACGGGGAGAACAUGCAAACUCCACACAGAAAUGCCACCUAGCCCAGUCGGGACUCGAACCAGUGACCUUCUUGCUAUGAGGUGACAGUGCUAACCACUGAGCCAUCAUGUCGCUCUAAACAGAAUGAUAUAUCCAGGAAUAUACCUACCAUUCAGUUAUCAGCCAAGGUGUCAACACUGCGAUUUUAUUUCGAUGAAUCGUGCAGCCCUAUCACAACACGACCAAACUGAAUUAUAUUCUAUGUACUGAUGCAUGUGUUCAUAUUUCAUGUGAUGUACUAAAUAAAACAAAGCUAUCACAAUA